AUGGUGUAUCAUUGCUUAAGCUUCUCUGUGUCGACUAGAUAUGUCUAUUGGAAGCUCUAUUCUAACUUUGGCAUCCCUAUCACCUAUGGGCAUGAGGAACUUACUGUCUGCGAGGACAUUGACCAGGUGCAUGCUGUGGUGGAAAAGUAUCCACCAUAUCAGCCUAUUUUCACUAAGAUGUCCUAUGGAGAAACCCAAAUGCUCGACGAAGGCCUUUUUAUGAAGAAGAGUUGCAUAACCUUUUUGUUGAUUAUUUUGAUGCAGUUUCAGUACGCCGUCUUCUUUGGUUACAUUAGAUUGAGGGAGCAGGAGAUGAGGAACCUGAUGUGGAUCUCGGAAUGUGUUGCACAGAACCAAAAUGUCGAGGGUUCAUGA